GUAUCAAUGACGUUUUAAUUUUUUAACUUAUAAUUUCCGACAUUCCAUUCUUGAUCGUUGCUGACAAUAAAGAUCUAAGAAAAUGAGUCAGCAAAUAAAGUUUAUUAUCCAGGAACUGAAUAAAGAACCGUUUAAUAAGAAGUUUAACUUAAUCAGUUUUGAUUCAUUGCGAACCGAUAAUCUUUUACAGAUUCUGAAUGAUGUAUUUUCGGAAGUGGAUCAAAAGAUGAAAGUGGACAUUAGAGCAGAAGAUCCAGAGCAGAUGGUUCUUAAGAGCCUAAAUUUCUUAAGAUUAUUAAAAUAUAAACCACCAGAAACAAUGGAAAUGAGUGAUUUCAGGCAAGGUUUAGUAACUGGAGAAAAAUCAGUCAUAUAUCAUAUACUGGAAUGGAUUCUUCAUCGAAUGCCUGAACUUAAAAAACGAGCCUAUUUAGCUCAAUUUCUUGUAAAAGUUGAACUGCCACCUGAUAUCGAAGGAGAUGCUGACAUACAAGAAUUAUAUGAACAGUAUGAAAGCAUUAUUGAAGAAUUCAAAGAAGUUCAUAAACAAUAUGAAGCUCUGAAAUCAAGUAGUUUUUCUACCCAAGAAAUUCGAAAAGACUUGGAACAUAUGGAAGAAGAAAGAGACCAAUUAAUUAAAAAGAUUGACAGGCUUAAAAUGAAGGUUGAAUCUCAUCCAAAUGUAGAAUCCAUGCUAUCUGUUGCUAAAAGUCUGAGGGAAGAAAGAGACUUAGCCGAGAAUCUUAGAAGGCAAAAAAUAGAACAAAAAAAUGCUCUUACCCAUGCUGAGCAAAAAAUUCAAAGACUUAAUCAACAAUUGAAGGAACUAAAAAUGUCAAGCCUUGAAGCAACUCCUGACACUCUUGUUCAAAAGCUUGAGGAAAGCAUAAAAGUUAACUCUUAUUUGGUGAAAGAAAAAUUACCUAAAGAAAUAAUGUCUCAUAAAAAGUACAUUGCUGAUUUACAAAAAAUAGUAUCUCAACCAGCCUUAAGUCGUUCUGAUUUGGAAGAAAUAAACAGCAAGAUUCAAGAAGUGAAUAAUGAAAUUCAAGAUUUUAUAGAGAAUCGCUUAAAAAAUAACAAUCCUAUUGAUGAUAAGCUAACACUUUUUCGACAGCAGGUGUCCAUCUUAUCUCACAAAAAGGAACGAGCAGCAGAAGAAUUAAACUCAGCAAGAGCACAUUUAGCUGAAUUGCAAGCACAGGUUUCAACCAAAAAAUCAGACAGUAAAGGGAUUGAAGGAGAAUUUUUGAAAGGAGAUGAGUUUAAGAGAUACGUCAACAAGCUUCGAGGAAAGAGUAACAUUUAUAAGAAGAAACGACAAGAGCUAGCAGAAUUAAAAACUGAAUGUGGAAUAUUGUCUAGAACAGUUGAUAUUCUACAACAAAAAGAAUCAGCCCUAACUAAAACUUUAGCUCAACUUGAAAUGCAAAAGGGUGUUAGUGGUUUUCAUAAUGCCCAGGAUGAAUUGGAAAAAGUGUCUUCCCUCAAAGCAGAGUUAGAUGAAAAAAAGGGACAAACUCUUGAAGAAAUGUCAGUCAUGGUCCAGAAACUAAAUAUGAAAAUUGCUGAGAAGAAGGCACGUUUAGCACCAGUCAUUAAAGAGUUAAGACCACUUCGACAGCAAUGCCAGGAUAUGUCUUUUGAAUAUGAGCAGAAAAAACAGGCAUAUGAUUCUUGCGCUUUAGGCUUGGAAAGCAAUAUUUCAAAAAUUGAACAGGAAGUGAAUACAUACAAAGAAGAAAUAGCUGAAGCUGAGCACCGUUAUCAUACAUUAAAUGUUGAGCUCCACAUGCUUGAAAUUCAGAAUGAAAGAGUAUCAGAAGAAAUCAAAUCCUAUGUAUCCAGCGACGCAGCAGACAAGAAAAAAUCGAUCAGGGAACAAUACAACAAAAACAUUCAAGAGCAAGAAGCAAAAACUAAAAUAUAUCGAGAUGAACAAAAGGAAGUUAAGGAAAAUCAAGCUUUUAAUGAAAAGCAAAUGAUUAUGUGGAGCAAUCUACAGAAAUUACUUGAGUGCAAGAAAAAAUGUCAUGAGCAAGAAAAGAAUGCACAUCGAUCAAUUAGUUCUGGCACAACAGAUCGAUUAGUAUUAUGAAUUUGAAGUUAAACAAAAUAUAACCCUACUGAUUUAUUGUUAUAUUUUAAUACAAAGAAACAGCAUAACACUUUUCUUUUUUUCUUAUGAGUUAUGCACUACAUGCUGUUUUGUAAUUAGUUAGAUAUUAUACUUUGCAUAGAAAUUAUAUAUUAAAAAAAAAUACUAUAUAGAAUAAAUAUUU